CUCAUCACCAUUUCAAAAGAAAAGGGUAAACAUCUAAGCUAAGUAACAAUGGCGUCACUGCUAAUUCCCUUUGUUCCUUCCACAACAAGGGUUUUCGCAGCAAAAAGUUCAGCUGCAGGUGGAACCAAACAGGAAAAAGGGUUUCUUGAUUGGAUCCUCGGGAACCUGCAGAAAGAAGAUCAGUUUUACGAAACCGAUCCUCUCCUCAAGAAAGUUGAAGACAAAAAUGGGAGUGCUCGAACUUCCAAUGGCCGCAGAGAGUCGGUUUCAGUCCCUCAGAAGAAGAAGGGCAGUGUUUUUGGUGGACUUUUCGCCAAGAAAUGAAAUUAUAUUUGCAACUUACAAGUCGUCUAAAGGGGGAAACUGGACUCAUUGUCUAUGGUAUCCCCUGUUUAAUAUAUCUUGUUUCUUCAA